CACGCAUAUAAAAGUCACGACACGCCGCGGGCAGAACUGUUGGAGAAGCUACGUGCAAAACUGCAUAUAGUUACUUUACAGUUUACACCCAUUUAUGAUCCUCUUAUCAACUGGCAGCUCGUGGACCGAUACAGUUGUUGUCGCUCAGUAGACAAAAUGACUUCUAUAGCUUUGUGCACAAUAAACAGCUCAGCAAGAUCAAUAGCAAGACUGUGCCAAGUGUCCCGCUCUGCGCAUGGUACAGCUGAUUUCCACUCUUUCGUAGCCCGUUACUCUACGCUCCGUAAAUGUGCCUUUCUUCCGGGAGGAAAAUGGUCAUUCAUAAGAGCAGGAACGAGACAGAUGUCUCAAGCAUCGCCGGGGAGGAUCUCACUCGGACGGUACGGUGUAUUUCUGGCUGCUGGGGCAGCAGCUGUCACCGGGGUCCUGACGGCAGGUGUAAGUCACUUUCAGCGGGCCGAGAUGGCAACGAAGAUAUCCAAGGUUGAAGAAGAAGAGGGGAACAUACGUGAGAGAUGCAAGUCGUUCAUGUCUGUACCAGUCACUGACAUCAAGGUCUUAGAGCAGAGGAAAGACGCGAUGUCUGCGAGAAUGGAGAUGCUCAUCAUGGAGACACAGGCUGCAUUCUGUAGAGCCCUUGAGGAGGUGGAUGGAGGCUCGUUCAGGGUGGACAGAUGGAGUAGGAAGGAAGGUGGUGGUGGCAUCAGCUGUGUGAUGCAAGAUGGGAAGGUUUUUGAGAAAGCGGGUGUGAACGUGUCCGUGGUAUUUGGGAACCUCACUGAAGAGGCCGCCAAGCAAAUGCGCAGCCGUGGAAAAGUUCUGAAAGGGAAAGAUGGGAAGCUGCCGUUCUGUGCCAUGGGCGUGAGUUCAGUCAUACACCCAAAAAACCCCCACAUUCCCACAGUGCACUUCAACUACAGAUACUUUGAGAUCGAGGAAGCAGACGGCACAAAGCAGUGGUGGUUUGGUGGAGGAACGGAUCUCACUCCUGUUUAUAUUGAUUUGGAAGAUGCCGCUCAUUUCCACAAGACUCUGAAGGAAGCAUGUGACAAGCACCAUCCUAAGUAUUACCCAGACUUCAAAAAGUGGUGUGACAAUUACUUCUACAUCCGUCACCGAGGGGAGACGAGAGGCAUUGGUGGGAUCUUUUUUGAUGAUUUGGAUUCCCCCAAUCAGGAGGAGGUCUUUAAUUUUGUGAAGAGCUGCGCUAAAACUGUGGUGCCUUGUUACCUGCCCAUUGUAAACAAACAUCUAAACGACUCCUUUACCCCUGAGGAGAUGGACUGGCAGCAAGAAAGGAGAGGCAGAUAUGUGGAAUUUAAUUUAGUGUAUGACAGAGGGGUGAAAUUCGGCCUGGCCACACCUGGGUCUCGCAUCGAGAGCAUCCUGAUGUCCCUACCACUUACUGCUAGGUGGGAGUACAUGCACGAGCCCACAAAAGGCACUAAGGAAGCCGAGAUGCUGGAGGUCUUACGGAACCCUAAAGAAUGGAUCUGACUGAGAGGAAGACCAGUUUACCUAGUCAUCAAUAUUGGCAUUAUUAGAUGGGAAUUGGUGGGUGGGUUUUUCUCUGGAUUCGCUCAGUGAUACCAAACUUCAAUAAGUACAACAGUCACUAAAACAGAAAAUCAGCUUCUCCAACAGGACACAUUCUCAUCAUUUGACUCAUUGAUUGUUUUUUCUGACUUAACUGCAGUACUGCACGAUUACUGGCUUGGCUGUAAUGAACUCUCUAUCACUGCCAUUGGCUGUAUGGAUUCACUGGAGAUGCAGUGUUUACUCCCGUGACUGUGUUACUUAGUUACAGCUUUGUUUCUGCUUGCACUGCUUUAAUCAUGACUACUGGUGUAUUCGAAACCUGUAAUGGCUUUGGUAUGCUGUUUUUGAAUGGAUGUGUUAAUCGCGUAUGUCUAAAGGGUCAUGUUUACCAUGUGCUAAUGCAAGCGCCAUGUCAUUAUUGCUUUUCUUACCUUGUGAAUUUUUUUGUGCCUCACUUCAAGGUUGUUUUGUGUCCUGUCAUGUGCUAACAUAUCUUUAUCCUUGUACUUUUUUUUUUUUACAGCUAUUAAAAUAGGAAUCAGAAUUAGGAGUAUUCUCAGGACAUUAUAAUGUUGAUAUUUUGUGUAUUACGAAACAAAAUAAAGUUUUUAUGUGGUUUAA